AGAAAACAGGGGAAUCGAACCCCUCAACAUUUAUUUAUCCUCUUGUCUUCUUCGAUACCCAUCAAAACCAGCUCCCAUUACCCUCACCCACCCCCAUCCCCCUCGUAAUUUCCCAUUCUCAAAUUCAACCUCAACAAGAGAAAGAAAGGAAAUCACCCAAAAUCAAGGCUUCAGCUUUUGUCAAUGAAGCGGAGUGCCCCAGAUUAUCAGGUCCCCGGGGCCGACCAGAAAAUGAAGAAAUUAAAAGAAGAAGCUCAAGAAGAAAGGGGGUUGAUGAAUUUAGAUGAAAAUCUGUUGUACGAGGUUUUGAAACACGUGGACGCGAGGACUUUAGCUAUGGCCUCGUGUGUCAGCAGGCUUUGGCGCCAAACUGCCAAAGACGAGCGGCUUUGGGAGCUGAUCUGUACCAGGCACUGGGCGAACAUCGGCUGCGGAACCCAACAGCUUAGAUCUGUGGUGUUACCUCUUGGUGGCUUCCGCCGGCUCCAUUCGCUUUACCUUUGGCCGCUUUCCAAGCCACAAGCUGCUUCAGCUUCGUCUUGGGCGCCGAUCUCCAGGAUGAUUAACUCCAAGCCACCUGCUCGGUGGGGAAAAGAUGAGGUUCAUCUUUGUCUGUCUCUUCUCUCUAUUCAGUAUUAUGAGAAGAUGAAUUUCACUAACAGAGGCAAAUAAUUCUAAUUAAUUGCUUACUAUAUAUAACAUUAUAAAUAAAUGUAUCAAAUAUAAGUAUAUCACUGUAUUUCUACUUUCGGGUUUUGUUUUAUUUUGGGUUCUUGUAUUGUCUCCUUUAAUUUGGCUUGGGAUUUUUCUUUUCUUUUCUCUUUUUUUUUUUAUUUUGGGAAAUUUUGUACUUAAGCUGGGGUUUUGUGAACUAGGUCUGUAAUUCUGUGCGAAUUUUAUCAAAUGAAACAAUUGUUCCUUAAA